AUUUAUUUAAUAAAAUCUUAUCAUGGAGUUGACAAACGAGAGGAAAGGCCAAGCUACCUUGACCAAAGACUUACAGAGACUUUGGUACGAUCUUUUCAUGUGUGAUUCCCUUUCUUUGGAAGAAAUUGCCAAACUCAAGAGGGAGGCCUCUACUAGAGGAAUCUACCCAGAUUUAGAGCACUACUAUCUUAACAGAGAAGAGCUUAUGAACUACGAUCUUGAGAGAGUCUGUAAACUCAUCGAAUUAUGGCACGACAAAAGCAUCCUUUAUGAUAGAUACAACCCAAAGAAACUUAUCACAGAUUAUAUGUUCUCAGGUCUCGACACAAACGGAAUCUUUCUGCAUUUCGAAGGAUUUAUGAAGACUAUUGAGAUCCUUGGUACUAAAGAGCAAAAGGAAAAGUGGCUCCCAAAAUGCCUAACCCUGCAAGCAAUUGGUUGCUACUGCCAAACUGAGAUUGGGCACGGAAGUGAUGUCCAAGGCUUAGAGACCACAGCCACAUAUGACGUCACCGCUAAAGAAUUUGUGAUCCACUCUCCCACUGUUUCAUCAAUUAAGUUCUGGCCUGGGGGUCUAGGCAAGCUCUCGAACCACGCAGUUGUGCAGGCCCAGCUUUAUGUGAAGGACAAGCAUUAUGGAGUGCAAACCUUCAUCGUACCAAUCAGAGAUGAAGACCAUCUUCCUCUUGAAGGGAUUCAUGUAGGAGAUAUCGGUACAAAGUUCGGAUUCAAUGCAGAAGAUAAUGGCUUUGUAAAGUUCACAAAUAUCAGAAUCCCAAGAGAAAACCUCCUCUCUAGGUACUGCCAGGUAUCUGAAGACGGAACCUUUACCAAGGAGAGUGAUAAUGCCAUCAAGCUUGCUUAUGGAAAUAUGCUCUAUCUGAGACUCAACAUUUUCUUUGGAAGAUCCGUACAGUUUUCAAGACUCGCUACUAUUGGUAUUAGAUAUUCAAUUGUAAGAAGACAGUUUAAAGAUGCUGAAACCGGAGAAGAAAGACAGAUUCUUGACUACCAGACCCAACAGUACAGAUUAUUCCCAUUGUUAGGAAUUAGUUACGCCAUAAGAUUAGCCUGGGUUGAGCUCCAAAAGCUCUACUCCUCAUUUGAGGCACAAGCUGCUGAUGGAAAACAGCCAUUGGCACUACUUAAGGAUCUUCAUACCCUCGCUUCAUGCCUUAAGCCUCUGGUAACCUGGAGAAUGAGAAGAUUUGGCGAAUAUGUCAAGCAGUGAUGUGGAGGGCAUGGAUUCCUCAACGUUUCAGGUAUCCACAGAAUCAUCAAGAGCGAGGAAGGUUUGGUAACUGCUGAAGGAACCAACCUUGUUAUCACCCAACAGACUGGAAGAGUUCUUCUCGGAGAAGCAGGUAAACUUGCUCAGGGUAAGAGACUUGAAGGAAUCACUGCUUUCUUAAACGAUCACUACAACAACACUAGGAAAGCCUCAAAUUAUUCCUCAAUCAAUGAAAUAAUUGUUGGUGCCUUCGAGAGCAGAGUUGCUUUCUAUCUUGACUACGCUAGCAAGAAAUUCCAAAAGCUGAUUGGAGAAGGUAUUCCCAUGCAGACAGUAUGGAAUGAGAAGGUUCAGCAAGACUUCAUUGAUCUCUCUAUCUACUUCGCUGAUGCUUUCAUGUUGAGGACCGCCUUUAGACAACUUGAAGAGAACAAGUUCGUCACAUCAGAGACCAAGCCAGUUGUAGAGAAAUGCAUGCAAGUGUACGCAAUCUACUGAAUCCUUGAAGAAAUGCCUUCCUUCCUAGUCACAGAUUUCUUCAGCUCUGAAGACAUUGAUAACCUCAGAGAAGUGUUCAGAGAAGACCUCAAGUUUGUUAGAAAGAACGCCUUAGCCAUUGUUGAUGGUUUUGGUUACACUGAUGAUGAGCUCUGUAGUGUCCUUGGCUCUUAUGAUGGAGAUGUCUACAACAAGUUGAUCUCUAUUGUUAGAAAGAACCCAUUGAACAAGUCCAAUACUCUUCCUGGAUACUUCGAGUAUAUCAAACCAUUGAGAGCUAAGAUCUAAUCAUAAUUUAGAAUUUAAUAGGCUCAAUAGG